AUGGCCGCCUGGCGCGAGUGCCCCAGGGCCAAGUGCAUCAGCGAUCUCCAAGCGCCCACGGAGCUGUGCAAGACGCACGCGCUCAGCAUCAUCCACUACCAGGCGCAGAGCGAUGUCGAGGAAACGGUGCGCCUUACCAGGGCUUUCUUGGUCGACUUGGCGGCCCUGGCGCCGCGCGUGCCCGCGCCGCUCCCCGCCGAGGCCGCCCAGGGUCACUCGCCUGAGCUCUCAAAUCCCGAGCGGGCGAGUUGGGCGAACACCGUGAAGCAGGCGACGCAGCGCUGCUACAGGCGUAAGGACGUCAAGAGGCUGGCUCCCGCGAGCGCCGCCGUCGCCCGCGCGCUGCAGCAACGGGGCCGCGAGGGGGCGCCGACUCUGCCGAUGGAUGCUCGGCCGUUGGCGGCCCCCGCCAGCGGCGCGCGCGGGCCCGCGCUGCGCGGCCCCCCGAGCGCGAGCGAGAUCGCGGCGAUGUACGGGCACAGCGACGCCCCGCGCACGCCGACCAAGAGGGCGUCGGUGGCCGACGACAGCGGGGACCUCAGGGAGUUCGACUUGGCCCCUGGCGGCGAGAAGGCGGAGGGCGACGACGCCGAGUAUAUCGCAUUCGGCGCGAAGGGCGCGCCCCCGACGCCCGCGGCCGCCGAGGCGAAGCCCGCGGCCGCCGAGCUUAAGGCGAAGCCCGCGGCCGCCGACCCCGGCAAGUUCACUGGCGGGAAAGGCCGCGCGUUCGACUGCGAGACCGAGCAGCUCGACAGCGCGAUGUACUGCAAGCAGAGCCACUCCGUGGGGCUCCGCGCGAAGGGCGGCUCGCAGCUCAUCUCCUCCGGGGGGGUGCGCUGCGCGGCCAGCAAGGGGUAUCUCUUGGACAUCGGCCGCCAGGUGAACGGGGGACUCAACGCGGGCAAGGAGAACCGCGAGAUCAGCAGCCGCGCCGCGUGGAUUGCGGAGGCGAGGCGCCCCGAGCUCAUGUCCCUCGUGAACAGGUGGGGCAACGCGCGCUGUAGCGCAAAGGCAGGCACCAUAGGCAUGUCCGCCACGGCAUUCCGCGGGCUCGCGACCUCGCCUGUCCGCGGUCACGGGCUCCGCGCCGCGCUGGUGCCGACGGAGGACGAGACCACGGGGCUCGACCUCACGGGGAUGAGUAAGCGCGGGGCCCUGAUGGCCGGUUCCCCGCUGUUCCUGACGGACCUCGACGCUCCGAUGAACUUCGGCGAGAUCCAGUUCGUGCUCUCGGGCCCGAUCAACGGGCUCUUCGAGCGUCUGUUCGAGACCGAGGCCGGGCCGCUCUUCCUCAACGGGGUGUUCUUCCUCACCCUGAUGCGCAUGGGCGUCUACUACGGCUUCUUGCAGCCCGCCUACCUCUGGCACUUCCAGGAGCGCUACGGCCAGACCUGGACCGUCGGACACCACCUGUACGGCUGCAGCCUCCCGAACCCGCUGAAGAAGGGCCAGUGA